AUGCCAGCAGCACAAAAACCAGUCAGUUUCGCUAUGCAACGUGUCUUAAUGAUGUUGGAUGGUAAAAAAGCACCAAGCUUUGAAUUAUCAGAAGAACAAUCCGUAAGUUAAUUUUUCUCAAUAUUAAAACAAAUUAUUAUUUAAUUAUUUUAGCAAGUCAGACAAUUUCUGCUCGAUCUUUGCACUUCAAUGAUGCAAGAAAUAAUUCAUAAAGGAGUCGUUGAAGAAAAAAUGCAACUUCCACUUUUGGAUCAAAUUCGAAAAUUCAAGAUUUACAUCGAAGGAAUUUUGUGCGCAAGAUCGUUUUUGGAGCGACAUGUACACGCAUUUCAAAUUGUUCAAAUUUUUCUAUUGCCUUUCAAUCAUGAAUUGAAAAGCAAAUAUUUGGAAUUUCAUUUCAGUCAAUCCUAUAUUAUUGCAAUGCGAUCAAUUGAAAACUUUCAUUAA